UGGCGUGAACUCUACUCAGUGGCACAGCAUUUAGAUUCAGGGCAAACAUUCAAAACGACGUAGUAUAGGUGAUUUCGGUUCGGUUCGGUCUAAUUGAAAUUUUUGAAUCUAAAACCGAACCGAAAUGAAUAGAUAAAACGAAAAGAAAAGGGAAGAUCAAUACACAAUUGAAUUGGCCAAAAAUGACAAUGGGCAUCAAUUCAUUGAAUUUUUUUUUUUCCAAACUUAGUCUCUGCAAUGAUUCUACACUGAAUUGGGUAUCUAAAUUCUGUAUCUGCAGUCUGCCAACUCAACUUUGUUGAUGGCCACAAGCUUUUCAACUUCAGUUUAGCAUCUCCUCUCCCAAAAUUUCCUCGCGGUGUCCUCAGCGAAGAUGGCUUUUAUAAGGUGGCAGUGAAUGAGUCUGUGCUAUGGUUUGAGGUUGGCUCCAUCAGGGCUGGAGUUAUCUCUGGAAGGUUGUCUUUUAUCCAAAUUGAACAAUAGAAUUAUUUGAAGGUUAUUAUAGCAACGAUGUGCUAGACGUUCAUAUAUUGGAUAAAAAGCAAUACUGUUGCUUGCUGUAAUUUGUCUAUGAGGCACCUGCAUGGGAGAAGCAACAAAUGUAGCGUUUGUUUCCUGCCAAAUCUAUUUAAGAAUACCAAUGAUUGUGGGGGGCCGUUACAUUAUGGCAUGGAAUGUAUUGCACUUGUGACAGACAACAUAGGAGGUUAUGAUGUAUGCACUGCUAUUGGACAUGUCUUGAUCUCUGUUACUAGCAUCAUUGAUGAACGGAAUCCACAAAAAGGUGUCAUUGUUAAGAUGUCAAAUACUGUUAAGACAUCCACUGGCUCCAAGAAUUGUUCGCUCAAUGUCUCUGUCAUUUGCAAUUCAAAUGGUGUUCAAGGGCCACAUUCACUGGAGAAAUUAGGGACCUGUGAUUUGCUGCAGUAAUACAGGCAGCAUCCUUUGGGUUGUGCCAUUGUAUCUGUUCAUGGGAAGGGAUGGGGCUGGUUUGGUACCUUGGUCAUCAUUAUCUUAUGUCUUUCUGGUAGUUAUAUGCUGGUGGGUGCAGUCCUUGGAGCACGUGAGUUAGAUGUAUGCUUCAUCUCUAUCUGUUUUCUUGAUUGUUUGAACUAUUUUAACCGACAAUGACACCUGUGCUUAUCCAAAAUCAAGCUUAAUAAUGCAAUUAUGUUUCACUCUUCUGUGCAUUAUGGAGCAACAUUGUUAACAUCUGUUAAUACAUGCAUAAAGAAAUUGGUCAAGUGUCCAUAAUCUAUUAUUUGUAAUGUGACUAAAUUUUUUGUGUUUAUUGGUGAAUCAUGCUUUCCAAUUCCUUUGGAAUUCAAAUGAGAGAUUUAUUGGAGGCUUGGAGCAUGGAGAAUAUGUUCAUAUUCUGUGCUUAACUAACCAUUGAGGCAUGCAACACUGUGCAUGACUCUAUGGUGGCUUUGGCAUUCCAAUGGCUUCAAGCAUGAAUAGCCAUUUUCUCUUAAGCUAGUCGCAACUCUGAUUGAUUGACUGUAUAAAAGGAGAAGCCAAUUCUAUCUAAAUUUGCUGAAACUACAAAUAUCAAACUAGAAUCUAACUUUACCUACAUUAGACAUAUUUGGUAUAAAUAUCUGAAAAGCUUAACAUUCUGUCAAGUAUUGAACUUAGGAAUUUAUCAUUUUAAUCUCCUUGCAGAGUUAUUUUGCAUCUCUGGUGUGGAAAUUUAGAGGAGCAACAGAAGGUAUUAGUAUUCUUCAUUGAUGAUUGUAUUUGCACAGUAGAAAACUAGCUACUCUUUCUGGAGGUUGUCUAUGGUUGAUUUUACAUGAGUAUAAAUGAAACUGGAGUAGAUAGGGCCAGACUGAAUUUUUGUUUGGUGUCUUGGAUGCUGAUAGCAGUUGGCCUUACCGUGAGGUCCAUGGCAAUGGACACUUGAUAUUUUCACAUCCAUACUGCGACUGUGCUUAGCAGAAAGCUGCAAUGUGAUCCAUGGAAUGUUAAGUAAACUUUUUGUGGGUGUUAGUAAAUAUGACUCUAUACUUCAUGAAUGGGUUCAUACACUGUAGGAUUGGAAAGUCAUAUUAUCUACUAUAUCGGUGUUUACAAGUGUAUGUAAUAGAGAAUUAAGAGAGUAAAAUUUCAUUAGAAACUAAUAGAUUACUAUAUUUUAUGGUUUAGGUAACGAUAUAUUUACGAUGGUUAUGAAAUUAUUGUCUUAAAACUCAUAAUGCAACAAUUGGCAGCAAUUUAAAAUCGUUACAAAGGAAGUUUAUUUUUUUACUAUUUAUAAUAACAUACUUUAAUAAAAAGUUUAUUUUAUAUUUAGUAAAAUCAUAAUUUUAGUCAUACUUUUUAUCUGUUGCGAAAAUAAUUAAACUGUUGUCUUAUACUUAGUAGCGGAGGUAGAUGUAGAAGUUCUCAAACUGUUGCUAUUGACUUACGACUAUAGUUAAAGUAGUAAUAAUUUACUGUCACUAUCCUAAAUCUAUUUUAGCAAUAGUCAUGCAAGUGCUUUUUGUUUACUUUUUUUUUUUUUGGGAGAAUUAUAGGUGUACUUUCUUCCAACAUUGUGGUAUCAUAAUAAAGCUAACAUUUCUUAAUUUUCCAUGUUGUCUAUUAAUAUUUUUAUUUUUUUAUAAAAAAAUUUUAUUAGUAUACUGAAAAAACUUUGCAUAUAAACGCAUUUUAAAACCCACAAAAUAAUGAGAGACCUCCCAUCCUAAUCCUUGCAGGCUAAGCGAAAAAAUCUAGAGAAAUUCAUUAAAAUAUAUAAAUUAAAAAAAAAAA